AUGCCUUUUCAUGCCUGCGAGACAGAAUUCCAAAUGUUCCUUCUGACACAAAGUUAUCCAAGGACCUCUAUCCUGGAUUUUUUACUCACGUCUACCAAAUGUUUUUUAUCCUCGAUAAAAACGUUGAAGUUGGCAAUUUUGUACAUUAACUACUUGGUGGACGUAUUGGAUGGAGAUCAAGAACCCAAAGGCGGAUUCCAGGCGGAACUUAAGCUACCGAACCGAAAAGCCUAUAAUAAUGAAUCGAAACAAAUCAAUGAGAAUGUUUAUCUAUCUGCAAAGGGUCGAACUGGAUGGCCUCAAGACGUAUGGGCCUCGGAACUUGUUCCUGAGCAUAGUUAAACAAACAAACUUACUUAAACAAAAA